ACCGACAUUAUCGACAACGGCGCGCGCAUAGUUUCGUCGACGCGACGCAAGAUGACGGCGAAGCGUGGCCGUGCACCUGUAGUGACAGCACGUGCUAUAGCUGAGUGGCGGUUUGCUUAUCGGAAAAGUACGAGCAGUCGGCAGGAAAGGAAUGAGCUGCACGGAUUCCCGAAAGCAUUAGGGUGAAGCAGCAGCGCGGAUUCGACGAUCAGGACGACUGAAGCGGAUCGACAAGUUUGCGCGUCAAUGUUGAUGCUUGUAGCCGCAUCAUCAUAAUGCUAACAACUGUUAACAUUUAAACAAUACGAAUUGGCUAAUCCGAGAUGGACGUAAUCGCGUACAAUCAGCACGAAACCAGUAGCAUCGGGAGCAGCACCGAUGGCGCCGAGACUCAAUACGACGAGGAGAGUGUGCCUGAUCUUGAUGUCGACGGAGAUCUGCUGUCGAUCGACGGUGACAAAGGGAACAAACUGCCCUUUCGUAGGAGCUUGUUCGACAACGUGGCACCCUACAUCAUCUUUCAGUCGUUCGAAUGCAAGACCGGCCCGGUACUGCCGUACGAAGUGACGCGGCACUUGAAGUGGCACCUCAGCACAAUAACACCGAUAAUAGUGCGUCGCACCGUCGUGAACUCCGGUUAUCGGUUGAUGAAGAAAUGCCAGAACUGGUGCGGCACCUGGGGCAAGCACAUGAAGUCCGUCUGCUAUAAAAGUUUGAAGCAGUCGCAGAAGGUCAACCACUUUCCCGGGACCUUCCAGAUCGGCCGGAAGGAUCGAUUGUCGCGCAAUCUCAGCCGGAUGAUGAUGAAGUACGGCAAGCGGGAGUUCGGCUUCGUGCCGCGCACCUACGUGCUACCUCAGGAUCUGCGUCUCUUCCGCCAAGUGUGGGAGAAGAACGGUGGCAAGGAGAAGUGGAUCAUCAAGCCACCGGCCUCCGCUCGCGGCACCGGGAUUCGCGUGGUCCACCGCUGGUCGCAGAUACCAAAGAAACGCGCCGUCGUCGUGCAACAAUAUCUGUCGCGACCGUUGCUGAUACGCGGCGCCAAGUUCGACCUGCGUCUCUACGUGCUCGUCACCAGCUUCAAUCCGCUCAAGAUCUACAUCUAUCCGGACGGCCUCGCGCGCUUCGCCUCCGUCAAAUACAAUGACGACAUCAACUACCUCAGCGAUCGUUUCAUGCAUCUCACCAACUAUAGCAUUAACAAGACCAGUGCGACCUACACUAGCAACGACUGCGCGGACUCCAGCACCGGUCAUAAGUGGACUCUAAGAACUCUAUGGUCCUAUCUCGAGCAGGAGAACGUGAAUAUCACCAAGAUAUGGGCGUCGAUAAAGGACAUAGUCAUCAAGACGGUGAUAGCAGGCGAGUCUCCUAUCAACACUCUAACGAGAACCAAUACAACUUCGAGGUAUUGUUGCUAUGAGCUUUUCGGCAUCGAUAUUCUCUUGGAUGAGAAUCGGAAACCGUGGUUACUCGAGGUGAAUAUAUCGCCCUCUCUACAGUCUUCCUCGCCGCUCGACACUGCCGUCAAGGGGCCUCUUAUUAGAAACGUCUUUAAUAUAGCCGGAUACCAAUUGCCUACGAGCAUACCGUCUGAGGAAGCGGAGAAACUAGCCCAAAGAUACCAGUUAGAUCUGGUGUGCCAAGAUUAUAGACUGCACCGAACUACACUUAGCUACCAAGAACGGCACAAGCAAUCGUUAUACGCGAACCUGAAAAAUCGCGAAGACUACCUUGACGAAAUAAUCGAGGAUCUCACGCCCGACGAUGUCAGACACUUGAUUACUUACGAGGACGAACUGACACAAUUAGGUAGAUUCGAGAAGAUCUUUCCUACUACUACCAGUCACCAGUACUUGCAGUACUUUGAGGUUCCGAGAUACUAUAAUAUGUUGUUCGACGCGUGGGAGGCCAAAUACGGUGAUAAUCGGGACGAAGGUAUUUCCCGGUUACAAAAGUUAUGCAAGACCAAGUAUCACUUGGAGCAAGUGAACUUUUAAAUAGUAACCUUCCUUCCGGACGUCGUGUUUACAUCGAUAAUACCGACAUCAAAGAAACGCCAAGCUGCAAGGUCAUUUGAAAUCGAUGUUUGAAUCGAAUCUUUUCGUCUUGUACGCUAUGUGUGCGCACUUAUAUACGGGUAAACGUACCAUUUCCACGUCCGUGGUUCUUUAAGAACCCAAGUUCAUUAUGUGCCUUUUCCCACGGUUGUGCGAAUUUAUUUUAUUGUAUGAGAUUUUGUCUUUAAUAAACAAUUUUUCACUA